UAAAUCCAACGGUAGAAAAGCACGUGUAUAUGGAGGCUCCUCAUAUUUUGGUUGGAGCAUAUAGGAAGAACCCUUGCAGAAGGUGGAUCCUCAACUUCGUUCGUUCAACGUUCGACCAUACAUACUUACAUACACGGUUCCUCGUAUCUAUCUCUCACCAGUUGUGGAAGAUAUGAAUUGGGUUCAGCGAAAGAUCCACCUUUACAAUGUGACAUUUGGGCUUUAUAUGUUGGAUUGGUGGGAGCGUUGUACAUUCAAUAUCUUGGUGAUUGUACUAAUGUGUUUUGUAGUACGGUACAUUACCCAGUUUGUCAAGAGGUAUGUCUUUUUGUGGUAAGAAGCAAAAUCAUUUUCAUGUGAAGAUACCAAUGAAGAACUUGGGGACUUAAAUUAGUUGCAGCCGGUGUGUUUGGCAUAGCUGAUUAGGGAAUAUAUAUCUUGUAGCAUUUUGAUAUGGACUGACUUUGGAGUUUCUUAAAGCUGCCAAAAAAAAUGGCGACGCAUACGUCUGUGAUACACCGUCAUGAAUUUAACUUGAAACAGUUAUUUGUUUAUAAGCUUGUUUAUGAUGUCGAUUGGCAUUUUCUACAUUGUAAUAAUUAUUUGAGAUGUUCAUUUCUGUGUGUUCAAGCAUUUUUGUGUAUUUUAAUUAUAAAUGUUAUGAUCCCUUAACUUAA